AUGGAGGAGAACACGGAAGAUGGAAAAUCUCGCCAGCCUCUUUUGAUUUUCACAUAUCCGCGAACCACUUCAAACCUGCUGAUGCGAAUGCUUUCCAUACCGAAUCAAAGCGACGCUGUGUCGGUGGAAAGCGGUGGCUAUUUCUUCUUGCCGGCGUUUCAGAAGAUCAAAGUAAUGAAGCUCCUCGACUGCCCGUCUACUCAAUGGACGAACAAAGAGUGGACUUCACUCAAGGAAGUUUACACUUCGUGUGCAGAUAAUCUUCAAGGACUGUUACGAACUGCGAACAAAAUGGAGAAAAUGGCUGUUUUCAAGGAACAUACACCGUUCAUCAUCUCGCCAUCAGUUCAAGCAUCCUUCGUGCAUGAAGAUGAAGCACCGGAACAUCCGUGGAGGAUAGACCUUGGGGUGUUGAACGACGCAACCGAUGUGAACUCGGCAGUUCCUUAUAACCAGAGUGUCUUCCCAUCCGAAUUUCUACUCAAGUGUGUUCCCGCAUUUCUCAUCCGCCAUCCAGCCCUUGCGUUCCCCUCGUAUUAUCGCAUGAUACAAGACAUUCGGGGCGAGGGUAGCCCAAUCGAUCCAACGAAACCCAUUUUCAAGCAGGUUUUUACUCUGCGAUGGACCCGGAACAUGUUUGACUGGUUUCUUGCCGUGAAUACAAAAUCACCAAACGACAAAAGUCCACGGCAGAUUCCGAUCGUUCUUGAUGCAGAUGAUAUUCUUACGGACCCGAAGCUUGUCCUUCACUUUUGUGAUUUGGUUGGAUUAGAUUCGUCCAAGGUCCAAUUCGAAUGGGACCCGGUGCCGAAUGAAGAGCUGCAAAAAGAGGACACUAUACGGAAACACACACGGUCAACACUCCUUUCGUCAACUGGGAUAACGCCAGGAAAAACCUUUGAUGGCCUGACCGUCGAGGGUGAAUAUGGAAAAUGGAGAAUAGAAUUUGGUGAUAAGGUGGCUGAUAAGCUACACCACUGGGUCAAGACGGCGUUGCCAGAUUAUGAGUAUCUUGCUCGAAACCGGCUGCAACUGCCUUCGUGA